AUGGGUAAAGCUUCAAGGGACAAGAGGGAUAUAUAUUACCGGAAAGCAAAAGAAGAAGGUUGGCGUGCUCGAAGUGCCUUUAAACUCCUUCAGAUAGAUGAAGAAUUCAACAUUUUUGAAGGGGUAAAACGUGUUGUAGAUUUAUGUGCUGCACCGGGUAGCUGGAGUCAGGUUUUGAGUCGUAAACUGUACCUUCCGGCUAAGCUUGCACCUGAUGCAAAGGAUGAAAAUCUUCCUCUUAUUGUAGCUAUUGAUUUGCAGCCAAUGGCUCCGAUUGAAGGUGUUAUCCAGGUGCAGGGUGAUAUAACUAAUGCUCGGACUGCUGAAGUGGUCAUUAGACAUUUUGAUGGUUGCAAGGCUGACCUGGUUGUGUGUGAUGGUGCUCCUGAUGUUACCGGGCUUCAUGAUAUGGAUGAGUUUGUUCAGUCCCAACUCAUACUUGCUGGGUUGACAAUUGUUACUCAUGUACUGAAGGAAGGAGGGAAGUUUAUUGCAAAGAUAUUUAGAGGAAAAGACACGAGCCUUCUAUACUGUCAGCUAAAAUUAUUUUUCCCUGUUGUGACUUUCGCAAAACCAAAAAGCAGCCGUAAUUCCAGCAUAGAGGCAUUUGCAGUUUGUGAAAACUACUCCCCUCCUGAAGGAUUCAAUCCGAAAGAUCUUCAUCGGCUACUUGAGAAAGUUGGAAGUCCAUCAGGGGUAGAGGAUACAGAUUGUGUUAGUGGUUGGUUGGAAGGCGCUAAUAAGGUGUAUAUCCCAUUUCUAGCUUGCGGGGAUCUCACUGGAUAUGACUCUGAUAGGUCAUAUCCACUCCCUAAAGUUGUUGGAGGAACAUAUCAGAGCUUGGAUCCAGUACAACCACCUAUUGCCCCUCCUUACAAGAGAGCUCUAGAGUUAAAAAAAGCCUCAACUCAAGGAUUCAGAGAACUUGAAAAUCUCUCUUUGGAUUCCUGA